AUGAACGACGCUUUGCUUCCAAGGCGUCGCUUUGAGCUGUUCAUAUAUCUACUCACGGGUCGACCCUUGCCUGCGCAGGCUGCUGCAACUGAUUUGACAGAGGAAAAACCUCCUGCCCCACAGAGCGAAGACAAGGACAUGGACGAUGAGGAGGUAGAGCCUAGUCAAAUUGCUCACAAGUGA